GAGCGAGUUAGCGUCGGUCACAUCACACAGCCAUUUUCGGUUAUUCGUUAACUACAACUUCGAGACUCGAGAGCAUCGUUCGUUAGAAACUUGCAAAGUUAAUUUUUGCUGCGGGCAAUAUGUCGAGGCAAAGGCAUUUUUGUCGUGACGACGAGACCGGCGAGAUUAUCACGUACCUCGUUAACGAUGAGACGGGCGAGCCGACGCCAUCUUCGUCUACCGUCGUGCACGGGCCGCGCGAGUCCGCGCCUCCAACCGAGACCAUACAGUUUCCUAAGGGAUACAUGAGCAAGACGAAAAAAUUCCAAGCAUUAAAAGAGAAUAUAAUCAGAGGUUCGAACAUGUUUAGUCCAAGGUUGCUUCUGAUACCGGCAGUUUUUCCAGCAGUUCUGAUCAUGCUACUUAUAAUUGCUGAAGUGUUCCUACACGUCUGUUGCCACGAACAGAACAAGUCGCUGAAGAACCCAAGCCUGUACUACAGCAGUCCGCUCCACAUGGUCACGAGCAUCUUCUGCGGAGUGUGCCGGGAGAACGAGAUGUCUUCUAAGAUCGGACAGCUGCAGGAUCUGAGGAGGUGCCGCUACGGUUACUUUAAGUGAAUGACCAUUUAGUAAUUUUAAUUUACAAGUAUUAACGCUCUCUUAUGCAUUUCUAGGAUAUAAUUGGGAUAUGCCAGAAAAACUAGCCCCCAUUUAUUUAUAUUUUAUAUUGCAUAUUCACAAGAACUUUAUAUAACUGUUACUGGAACCAGGUGGUAACCCAAUAGGGUAUUUUAACAUGGACGUUAGAAUCUAAACAAAAUACAGUAUAAUGAUUCAUUCCCUAUAACGUCCAUAUUUGUUAGCUAUAGUUGCGUCACUUUAAUAUUAAUUGUUCUCUUUAUAACGAAAUCUCUCUAUAACAUCCGCUCGCUCGAGUGUCGCUAUAAGUGGUAUUUU